AUGGUUUUGCCUGACGGAUGUCGCUGUUGCACCAAAGUUUUAUACGGGAUCGCACCAUCGCCUUCUUCGAGGAAGAUUUCCUUUCACACGGAGGGGAGAAAAAGCCGACUCAACGAGGAAAGCGAAGAGUUUCAAAACCACCAAGAGACGCCUGUCUCCGAAAAGGGUAGAGCUGAUACGUCAGCAUGGAGCUGCACGAGCUGCAGGCAACCAAGAACUCACGUCCGGGCUUGCAAGGCUUGCACAGAGGCGAUAAAGGAAGACCUCGAAGAGGGAAGAGCAGAAGUGUUGGGUGAAGCUUCAGAGGCGAAACAGAGCAUUCGCUACGCCCGUCGGAACUUUGCCAAUCGUAAAACAACAAUGACUACUCUCUGGACCUUAGAUGGACCAUCUAUAACAUCGAGAAGGGGAAUGGAAAUGGUCAUUCAUGACUUCGACUCAGACCCCUUCGACAGCCACGUCCACUUGCCUCCUCACCAUCUGAGGGAAAAUAGACAUGUCAUCCCAAAGGUCCUCCCUUCCGACGUCCGACAAGCCAACAUGUCGAUGAAGAAUCGUACUUCACCUGGUCUCUACAGAGACCCGCAAAAUACGAGCAAGCAGGGUUUCGAGAAGGGUUAA